AUGGCCGCCGCGGAAGCGAGCCAGAAUCCGACCCGCAUAGGCGGGGGCGCCAAAGUGGGUCCCAGCAGGGCAUGGGCACCACAUGCGUUGCCCAUGUCUGUCACGCACGGCUCCAACCCUUACCCACGACCGGGCAGGGCAUGGUCAAUAGAUGACUUCGAGAUCGGGAAGCCAUUGGGAAGUGGCGCAUUUGGAAAGGUGUAUGUGGCGCGUGAAAAGGUGCACAAAUACAUCGUGGCCAUAAAGGUGGUCCAUAAGAGGCAGCUGACCAAGGCCAGGAUGGAACACCAGCUGAAGCGGGAGAUUGAGAUCCAGACAAGCCUCUAUCACCCCAACAUCAUCCAGAUGUACACAUACUUUCACGACAAGGACCGGGUGUACUUGGUGAUGGAGUAUGCGGCAAAGGGUGAGAUCUACAGUGCCCUGCAGAACGAAGGCUACUUUUCGGAGAAGAAGGCGGCAAUGUACAUCGCCCAGGUGGCCAGUGCUCUUAUGUACUGUCACUCUCGAAAUGUCAUUCACCGUGACAUCAAGCCUGAGAACCUGCUGCUGCAAGUGGACGGAACGAUCAAGCUGUCGGACUUUGGGUGGUCAAUCCUCACCGCAAAGCAACGCAACACACUCUGUGGCACACUGGACUACCUUUCACCCGAGCUGCUGGGCAGCGAGGCGUACGACUUCAGGGUGGACAUCUGGAGUCUGGGCGUCCUGACAUUUGAGUUCCUGUUUGGCGAUCCGCCCUUCCAGGCCGGCAGUCGCAGUGAGACGUUCAGGAAGAUCAAACAGCUGGAGUUGGUGUUUCCAAAGUUCAGACCUAUCAGCCUGGAGGCUGAGAACCUCAUACGCAGGCUGCUCGUGGUGGAUCCCCAGAAGCGCAUAACCCUCCCAUCGGUGCUUAGUCAUCCAUGGCUUGCAAAGAACGUGCCUGUGGACGUCCUGCAGCGUGCGAGGAUCAUACCAAAGGAGCCCUUCUCACGUUGA